GAGCGGCUUCGCUCGUGGACUGAGCGGGGGAAGAGAUUCUCUCUCCCCCCCCGCCCCGCCGACCGGGCAGCGAAACCGCCGCGGCGGCGGGAGCGAGCGAGCGGGGCCCGCGGCGCUGCUGUGCCCAGCCAUGGACAAUCAGUGCACGGUGCAGGUGAAGCUGGAGCUGGGGCACCGGGCCCAGCUGCGCAAGAAGCCGACCACAGAAGGUUUCACCCAUGACUGGAUGGUGUUCGUGCGGGGCCCGGAGCAGUGCGACAUCCAGCACUUCGUGGAGCGCGUCGUCUUCCGGCUGCACGAGAGCUUCCCAAAACCCAAGCGAGUGUGCAAGGAGCCCCCCUACAAGGUGGAGGAGUCUGGCUACGCUGGCUUCAUUAUGCCCAUUGAAGUGCACUUCAAAAACAAGGAGGAGCCCAAAAAGGUUUGUUUCACAUAUGACCUGUUCCUAAAUCUGGAGGGGAACCCACCUGUGAACCACCUUCGUUGUGAGAAACUGACUUUCAACAACCCCACCAAGGAAUUCAGGCGCAAACUCAUCAAGGCUGGAGGGGUAAUGGUGAUGCCAGAAGGAGCAGAGACUGUUUCAAGGCCAAGUCCUGAUUAUCCAAUGCUGCCCACGAUACCUCUCUCUGCCUUCUCUGAUCCCAAGAAGACCAAACCCUCCCAUGGGUCAAAGGAUGCAAACAAGGAAAGUAGCAAAGCAUCCAAGCCACAUAAAGUAACCAAGGAGCACAGGGAGAGGCCCAGGAAAGACUCUGAGAGCAAAAACUCCUCCAAAGACCUUGAGAGAGAACAGAACAAGCCUUUGAAGGACUCCUCCAGAAAACCAACUGAGAACAAACUGCCUAAGGAGGAGAAGGCACCUCCAAAAGCUGCUUUCAAGGAACCAAAACUGGCCGUGAAGGAGACCAAACUGGAGAACACCUCUCCAAAGGGGGGGCCACAGCCGGAGUUAAAGUCUUCCAGCAAGAGGCCCUCCAACGUGGAGUCACCAAAGCCUAGUGCCAAAAAACAAAAAAAGAGUAGCUCCAAAGGGGUGAAGAAUAUCCUGGGGACAUCUCCCAGAACCUCGUCUUCCUCAUAUCCAGAGAAGAAACAAACCAAGGAGAAGAUGAAUGCCAAAGUGGAAAAGGUAAAAUCGGAGAGCGAGGCCAAGGAGAUCAAAAAGCCUGUGGAGAUGGAGGAGUCAAACUCAGAGGAUGAAACUUCUUUCAAGUCAGAGGGGGUUAAGUCUGUCCAGUCCAGCCCUUCCAACUCCAGCUCCAGCUCCGACUCCAGCUCUGACUCUGAUUUCGAGCCAUCUCAGAACCACAGUCAAGGCCCCCUGCGCUCCAUGGUGGAGGAUCUGCAGUCUGAGGAGUCGGAUGAUGACGACAGCUCCUCGGGAGAGGAGGCAGCAGUCAAAACAAACCCUGUCAGCAGGGAUUCCAGACUGAGCCUCAGUGACAGUGACAGUGACAACAGCGCCGACUCGUGCCCGCCCAGCCGGGAGCCUCCUCCUGGGCAGAAGCUGCCCCCAGCAAACAACAAGGCAUCUGGAAGGAAAAGCCCAGAGUCUUGUAACAAGCCAGAGAAGAUCCUGAAGAAGGGAACCUAUGACAAGGCCUACACGGAUGAGCUGGUGGAGCUCCACAGGCGGCUCAUGGCACUACGGGAGCGCAACGUGCUCCAGCAGAUUGUGAAUCUCAUUGAGGAAACCGGGCAUUUCAACGUCACCAACACAACCUUUGACUUUGACCUCUUCUCCCUGGAUGAGACGACCGUCCGCAAGCUGCAGAGCUACCUGGAGGCCGUGGCCACAUGACGCUGGGCCUGGCAAGCUGGCUCUGCUCUUCACCCAGACAUCCCCUCCACUGGUACCAGGAAACCACCCCAUGGAACUAGGCCUUCUUAUCCUCCUGCCUCACCCGAAGAAGCACUGCCUUAGAGAACAGCCAUGCUCUAGGAAUGCUCAGCCAGCUGCACUUUUCUUGUAGGCUUCAAACCAGCGCCCGCCUUGCUGAGCCUGUGCCCGGCCCUGCCUUUGUGGGCCAGGCCCCCAGCAGAGCGGGCGUGCUGCACUUAGGCUGCACAGCGCGACCUUUUUGGUUUCCCUUGGAGCAACUGUGUUUCAAGAGCACAUUUUGCAGGCAUCUCUGAGCUCUGAAGAAGCGUGGAUGCUGUUCCCUUCCCCCUGGAGCUCGGGACCGGAGCCCUCCCGCUCUGCCCCGCGCCCUGUGGGUGACAUCGGCUUUGACAGAGCUGGCCGGGACACUGGGGACAACAGGAGGCUCCUGCUGGUCUGCUGCAGGGGAGAGGGGCUGCAUUCCAGCUCCAUCCCAGCUGGGAUCGCCCUCUGGGGUGGGGACAGGACCCUCUGUGCUCAGUGAGGAGGCCUCUGGAACCUGCUGUCUCCUGCUGGGCUUUGGAGAUGUCUUCUUUGUUGAUCUGAGCUCCUAAACAAAGUCCCACUCCUUUCAGUCUGCUUUAACUGUAAUAGGACUCCAAAACUGUAAGCUGUAUAUUUUAUAUAUAUAUAUUAUAUAUAUGUAUGUACUGUAUGUAUAAGAAGGGCCUAGUUGGGUCUCAUGAUCUUAAGGGUGUGUUUUUCUGUUGUUUUUUUAUGGCUCUGGCAGGGGAAGGCGCUUAAUAAGAUUUGACUCUUGUGGACAAUUUGUAGUGUAAGGAAGCUGGACAGCAACCUCCAGGCAUCCCAUGCUCCAGAAGGGGCUCACCCAUCGUCUUUCCAUUUGUCAGUGUUUGAUAACUUUGCCAAAACAUGUGAUUGGUUUUGUUCUGUGUUCUCAAAGAGGAAUCUCCUUACAGUGGCCCCUAUAGUAGUGGCUGUACUUUGGGAAAACCAAAACAAGGGAGAGCUGAAAUCUUUGGAUUUUGGAGAUGCUGAUGUAAAACACAAAGUGGAGCUGGGUUUGUUCCCUGCUCCCUCUCCCACCCCGCUGCCUGUGCAGGAAAAGGCGGAAACAGAAACACUAAUGCAGCCCCUCCCUGGAUUUCUAGUUAAACUAGUAUUGACCUCCAAGUGUUGUCCAGGUGGGCAUGGGCAACCCCAGCCCUCCCCCCAAGCUGUGUUACACUCCUGCUCCCAAAAUUCAGUAUUUGCCCAGGAAUUGCUGGUUUUUCCAAGGGCUGUGGAAGCUUUUGCCAAGUGGGGCACAGGCAGUGUGGGAGCCCCUCUGCUCUGCUCUGCUCAGGGAGGGCUGCACCCCUCCAGGUUUGCUGUCCCUUGUUUUGGGUUCCCCCUUUCUUUAUCAUGGAAAUGUUGCAACUAAUCAACUGAAGUGGCAAUAUGAUGAUAAGCUUGUUUGAGUUGGGUCAUGUUGACCCGAUUCCCAUUAAUUUUGUCCUUGUACCACCUUUCAUGUGUUGUGUGUGUGUAUAUAUAUAUAUAUAUAUGUGUGUGUAUAUAUAUAUAUAUAUGGAAUUCAAGCUCAUGCUGGGUGCAAACCCUGUCACGCCAGUGAUCUCAGCUCUUUUCUUUCUUGCUGGACGAUGCCAGGGCUGGAUGGAAAGGCCAGGGAGCAGAGGGAGAGGUGGCAGCAGGACACCCACACUGGUCACAGCCCGUGUCUCUGUGGGGCUGUGCCAGGGGAUGGCAGCUCUGUGCCCACACUGGCACCUGGGGCUGGUGGCACUGAGGGUGGCCAGGCUGAGCCCCAGCUCCACUGAGUGCUGCCCACUCCUCCCACAGCUCCAGUGCCAGCACUUGCAGACUGUCCCAGCUCCACUGGAGGUGCCACCCUGCCCCUGGCACACCUGCAGGAGGCUCUUCUGAGCCUGCCAUGGCAUCGUCCUGUCCUGGAAGUGACUUUGUUGGUCAGUCUGCUGAGCAUUGAUAGGGAUUUCGUUUGGUUUUUAUAAGAAGUAUUUUACACAUGGAUUUUUUUAGACUGUUUAUAAUCCCCCCCCCCCAUAAAACCCGAGGUAGGAUUGUUCCCCAGCAAUAGUUCCUCUCCAUUGUGUGCACAUGCUGAUUUGUUACUAAAAGGUUUUUGCAAGUACUUAGUUGUUCUACAGAGUUGAUGUUUUUUGGGGUAUGUGGUAGCGUGGGGAGCACAGGAGGGGUGGCUGCAAGGCAAGGUUGGUCACUUUGGGCCUCACCUUGUGUCCCCUUGCAGUUCCCUGUGUAGAUCCCCUCUAGGCUGGCUGAACGCUGUUCUGAACAUGCCGUGUACAGGUUUUUGUGGAUAAAGUGUUUGUUCUUGUGUCACUCUUGAGAGCAUGGAUGGAUUAUUGUACUCUAGCAAGGAGGGGGCAGUGCUGCUGUGGGCAUUGCUUCAGGUCCUCGAGGAUGUGUAGUAGCUUGCGUUGUUAAAAAAAAAGGAAGAAAACAAAAAAAAGAAUCCCAAAUUGACUUGUAGCCAUAAUGGUUUUUCCAAGGAAAGUGGGCAGGACUCUGUUCCUUUUGCCUCUGUUCCUUUUCCCUGUUCCUUGUGGUGCUGCUGCUGGCACAGCCAGUGCUGGCAGCCCGAGCUGGAAUCGUGUUGGAGGCAGGGUCAGGAUUCGGCUCCUCCAUCCUCCAGGAGGGUCAGGAGCCUUUCCCUGGCUCUGCCGUGUGUUGAGCCUCGAGGCUUUGAUUACUGACAUGACCAUUAGAAAAGUUUAAUAAAAAGGAGAGGAGAGGAAGGCUGGCUUGGCAGCAAACCCAGUCUGGUGUUUGUGCCACGAGGGGAGGCUGGCUGAGCUCAGGCUGCAGCCAUGGAAGUGCAAUCUCUGCCACCUGUGGGAGCGUGGGGUGCCCUGGGAGCAUCAGAACGAGCCAAGCAUUGAUGCAACAAUCCAGAAACAGUUUCAUUGUCACAUCUUGGACCGUGUUUGAUGGUGAGAGAGUUAAAACGUCCCUCCAGGAGGGGCCUCUCCACGAGCAGAGCCCAGAGUGGCUCCAGCUGCAGUUUUCCAUUGGGGAUGUGCUGGAGCCAGCUCUGCUCACAGGAGGCUCCUCCCUGCUGAGACUCCCCUGGUGCACCUGGGACAGGUGAAUCAGUGCUCAAAGGACCCAAAUGGGUGUUGCUUUCCUUUGAUAGCCAUCAAAAACUGACAAGAUGAGUUUGCACUCCUAAAGAAAAAUGUAAGUACUUCAACUUCUAGAGAAUUUUUAAUUGUAUUUCUGCCUAGAGCCGAGGUAUUAAAUACCUCAGCACCUGAGGAUUUUAAAAGUUGUGUUGGGAGAAAAGUUCUUCACUCAGCUGGAAGAAAUGCAGCUGAGCCAAGACUAACUGCAAGAUUAAAAAGAAAAAAAAAAACCACAAAAAAACUCAUGUUUGUAAUACGUUACAGGAUUGUUUGUCCUGAAUUUUAAACUUUUUGUUAAAUUUGUGGAACUAUGGAGGAAUUUUCUAGAAAAAGUGAAAUAAAGUAAGAUGGAAAAGUAAAA